AUGGAGGAAGCGAAAUCGUUAGAAGUGUUGCCAAUGCCAAGAAAGUUGUCAACGUUGCAGCACUAUCAUAAUCUCGACGCGGAUAAAGUAUUGAACGCAUAUGGGAAAUUUGGGAGAUAUCAAAUGUUCACCUAUUUCAUGUUAAACAGUGUCACGAUACUCUUUGCAAUGAACAUGAUGGUGAUGCCAUUUAUCGUUGAGAAACCCGAAUUCUAUUGCCAAUUGCCAGACAAUCUCGACAAAGCCAACUAUCAAUCAAUCGAUUCGUGUACCUUGAUUGACACAGCAAAUAAGAGCCUCAAAUGCACAGAGAUUAGAGGCACUCGAUAUGACUUUAAUUCCACUGUUCAUCAAUCGUUAGCCUCAGAGUUCAAUCUUCUAUGUGACGACUACGAGCUAACCGAGCAUGCCUCAUCAAUCUAUCUCUUUGGCGGAAUGCUGGCCGCUCCACUGAUCACUCAACUCUCCGAUCGAAUCGGUCGUCCUGGAUUUGGAUCAACAGGUUUUUUCCACACAGCGUUUGUCCUUUGCACGGAGUCUGUUUCAACCCCGUUUCGAAAUUUACUUCCAGCGUUACCAGCUAUUGUUUGGGUCAUUGGCUAUCUUCUAUCCGGAGUGUUCCGAUUGUUCAUCGCUGAUUGGAGAUGGCUUUAUUUUAUCACCUCAAUUCCUGGAAUCUUAACAAUUCCACUUUUCUGGUUCAUUCCCGAAUCACUUCACUGGUUAACAACAAAAGACAAUUAUAAAGCGGUCGAGAAAUACAUUCAAAAGGCAAAUCGCUUUAAUGGAGUGAAAGUCUCACUCGAGGAAUGUCGAACAUCAAACGGAGAAAGGCACGAAAACAAGGAACCGAUAAACAGGCCAAAUCGAACUGUUCUCGACAUUUUCCGACAUAAAGGACUUCUACUGCAACUCUUUUUAAACUCAAUCGUUUUUAUAGUGAUGAAUGGUACAUAUUGGGCACUGUCAUUGUUCUCGACUGAUCUAUCGGAAGACAAGAUGACUGGCUUUUUCUUAUCCGGCAUUGUAGAGCUACCAGGAGGUUUACUUGGAACUUGGCUUUUGAUAAAAUUUCCGAGAAGAGCUGUGGCUGCUUGUGGGUUUACUCUUCAAGGGCUAACAAUGUUAGCAGCGAUUUACAUCCCAGGCUCGAAAAGCGUUUUAAUGAUUUUCCCACUAGCCUGCAAGGUAUUUAAUACAAUGAUCUGGGCUGUUACCCCACUUGUCGCUUCCGAACUUGCCCCAACUACAGUGAGAAAUACUUUUACUGGACUUGUUUCUUUUCUGGGCGAUGUUGGAUCCGUUUUGGCACCGUAUAUUAAACGAUUAGAAGCUUGGGAUAGAAAUGCGCCAGCUUUGGUGAUGACAUUGGCCUCAUUUUUGGCUGCUGGUUGUGUUUUGUUGAUUCCAGAAACAAAAGGGAAAAAGAUGCCAACUGACAUCGACGAGUUCGACUCAGGACCGCUUAGACGAUUAUUCGCAAAGACGGCGCCAGAGAAUCGCAAGAGCGAAACAAAUCCAAAACCCGAUCAACAACGGAUAUUAUCGCAAAAUGAAGGAGAA